GGCGAAUCCGGUUCGGCGCAGCUGCGUCCAGAGAGGCAGCUCGCGACGUUCGUCUGCUUCGGCUCCGUGGGUCGGCGACGGAUAUACGCCGCUCCGCUGCUGCCGUCAGGAAGUAAAGAAUUGUAUGUUUGAGUUGUUUUCCGAAGCGGCUUAACGAGAUGUCAACCCCGGCUCGACGGCGUCUGAUGAGAGAUUUUAAACGACUUCAGGAGGACCCCCCAGCUGGAGUUAGCGGCGCUCCUUCAGAGAAUAAUAUUAUGGUGUGGAACGCAGUCAUUUUUGGGCCAGAGGGGACACCUUUCGAAGACGGAACUUUCAAGCUCACGAUAGAAUUCACAGAAGAGUACCCGAAUAAGCCACCUACUGUUCGCUUUGUUUCCAAAAUGUUUCAUCCAAAUGUCUACGCGGAUGGUAGUAUAUGUCUGGACAUUCUUCAGAACCGCUGGAGUCCCACCUACGAUGUGUCCUCAAUCUUAACCUCUAUACAGUCUCUGCUAGACGAACCGAACCCAAACAGCCCCGCAAACAGCCAGGCCGCGCAGCUCUACCAGGAGAACAAGCGUGAAUAUGAGAAGCGGGUGUCCGCUAUCGUGGAACAGAGCUGGCGUGACUGUUGACCUAAAGCCCCCCCCCCGCCCCCCCCCCCACAGUAUGGACACUAUCCAGCUGCAAGUCAAGAGAGCAGUGAGAAGGAAAGCAAUUAAUCUUUUUCAAAAUAUACCAGAAUAUAAACAUGCAUCUUGCCCCCACAUCUUUGAGUCCUCAUCAGUUUCCUUCAUAUAUCCAUCUGUUCUGUAUGGUAGAGUGCUGUUGUACUGUUAACUUUCCCCCUGUCACACAAAACCACCUUCCUGGACAAAUGGCACCUUCAUUGAAGUAAAUGUACCUUGUUGUACUUGGGUUACUGACAUUGUCUUUCUGUUACUGCUCUGGAAUGGAGAUGAUCUUUUACCUGCUUUAAUUUAAAUUUUAUUUUUCACUGUAUGAACAUCUCGUACCUUGGAUGUGUGUCCAUCUGUUAAAAUCAGUCACACGAACGAUUAUCCUCAGCUGAGGUGUUUGUGUGAGGACAUUUCUCACUUUUGUGUGUCUGGAGUUUGUGUGUGCACCUGAACACCAUUAGUUAGAUUGCUCUGAUUUAUUAUUGUUUUAUCCCACUAUAUGUGAUUUUUAUUUUAUUUUUUGAAUGUGGGGAUUGCAACAUUUUCGAGACGUCUAAGAUGAGCUAUAAUUCAUGGCAGUGCCCGCUUAUGUUGGAAGUGUGUUUGUUGUCUUUUUUUCAGCACCAUUUAAACUUGACAUUUUCACUCAGUACUAAUAUCUCAAAACUAUUUCAUGUUCUAUGAAAACUUUACCAUUAGCCGUGUGAGUGCUUUCAGGUUUCAGUCCAUGCACUUGUGUCUAACCGUGCUCUUCAAGAAAUGUGGAGUUGAGGUGUGAAUAACACUUAAGGCUGCUGUGGGUCAGCGUUUCUCACCCUGGUUGUCGACGACCUCCAGACGGUCCACUUUUUUGCUCCCUCUCAGCUCCCGGUAGGAGCAAAGACACGGACCGUCUGAUGGUCCCGAAGACGGGAUUUGGAAACAGCUGUAGGUGGCAUACCUCAGCUCUUACAAUGAGACCUUCCCACGUUUCCUCCUCCUUUCUGUUGUCUGAAAAUUGAUGUGAAAAUAUCAGAACAGAGAUCGGCCAUGCAAAACAUUCAGCGUGUGCUUGAGCAGAUAUGAGGGAUGGGAUGUGGUCAUAGAGUAUAUGUGUUAUUUCUGUUCUCCAAGGUAUGUGGAUUGCCUGGCUGAUUUCACACUAUUUCAGUUACUAAAGUGCCAGUUAUACAUAAAUUUGAAGGGAUUAGGAGAAGAAAACAAUCCCUGUGUGUGACGUUCAUACGGCAGACCAAAACAGUUCAUUCGAUUUAAUGCGUACUGAUGAUGGCCUGUUGUCAUUUUGAGGUAGUCUUUAUUUCAUCUGAAACUUCUCAGUGAUAGUAAGACUUUGCAUUGGUAACCCAUGUAAAAACUGUACAUUUUAUCAGUUCUUGUAAAUAAAAUGUUUAAAAAACA